AUUUCUCUGUUCUCAUCGGCCACAACUUCGCGAAAGAGGAUUUUCUUCAGGGGCAAACGCUAGGGUUGGACUGACGGGGAGAGAUGGGAGGAGGAGGCCAUGGACACAGCACUACAUACAAAGGCGUAACAAUGCAUCAUCCCAAGCGAUGGCAUACUGUCACCGGAAAGGGCUUGUGCGCCAUCAUGUGGUUUUGGGUCAUGUACAGGGCUAAGCAAGACGGUCCUGUAGUACUGGGUUGGCGACAUCCUUGGGAGGGUCAUGACGAGCAUGGCCAUGGUGACCACCAUUAAUAUGAGGCAUCUUGAUGAAGAGGAGCUGAAAUGAAAAAGCAUAAAAUGUUGUGUCAGUGGGUUCUGAAAGACUGGAACAUCUUUGUUGAUUUCUGUUGAAUAAAUAGACAUUAAGGGAAGAUUGUGAUGAGCAUGGUGUAAUUCUGCAUAACUCAAGGCAGUCAUGUUAUUCUGUAAUGCAUGGUUUGAACUUUUGAUAUGUGCCCUCCUGCAUAUUCAGUUCUUUUAUUUAUCUCUCAAUCACAUUUUUUUAAGUAA